AGGAAGCGAGCGCUGGGGCAGGAAUGAGACCCGGGAGGAAGCCCUGAUUCCCCACCGGACUUACUGCACAGCCCACGGCCAGAAGAAAGCCGGAAUAAAGCCUGAAGGUAUUAUCUGCCCAGCUGAUAAAUUUUUCAGGCACAGAAAGACUAAUGUGGAUUUUAAAAUAUGGUGGUUGUGAUGCUGUCUACUGUCGAAGGGGGAACAUGGGAUUCUGAACUCAGGACUUGGCAAAUACAGAUGCUUCAAGAUGAAACGCCACAGGCAUCUAAGCAGCAGUGACAGUUCAGACAAUGAGAGUCCUUCCACUUCUUUUUCUUCCUGCUCAAAAUAUAGGAGCAAGUCAAAAACUCCAGCAAAGGAACAAAAGAAACCUGCUGAGGUAUUCCGGAAGGACCUCAUCAGUGCCAUGAAACUCCCAGAUUCACAUCAUGUUAACCCAGAUGAAUAUUACCUCUUUGCGGAUACAUGGAAAGAAGAAUGGGAAAAGGGUGUUCAGGUACCAGCCAGUCCAGACACUAUUCCACAGCCUUCUCUCAGGGUGGUCUCAGAGAAGGUGAAAGAAGUACUGUAUAUUCGGCCCAGGAAGUACAUCCAUUGCUCCAGCCAGGAGCCCACAGAACCAGGCUACAUCAAUAUCCUCGAGCUGGCAGAGUCAGUGUGUCGCUAUGAUUUGGAUGACAUGGACAUUUUCUGGCUUCAAGAACUCAAUGAGGAGCUCAAAGAAAUGGGGUGUGGGACAGUUGAUGAAAACACUAUGGAAAAGACAGUAGAAGUCUUGGAACGCCAGUGCCAUGAAAAUAUGAACCAUGCUAUUGAAACAGAAGAAGGGUUGGGCAUAGAGUAUGAUGAAGAUGUCAUCUGUGAUGUGUGCCGUUCUCCAGACAGUGAAGAAGGGAAUGAUAUGGUGUUCUGUGAUAAAUGUGACAUCUGUGUUCAUCAGGCAUGUUAUGGCAUUCUCAAGGUUCCAGAGGGAAGCUGGUUAUGUCGUACCUGUGUUUUGGGCAUUCAUCCUCAGUGUCUUUUGUGUCCAAAGAGAGGCGGAGCCAUGAAGGCUACCAGGACUGGGACCAAAUGGGCUCAUGUCAGCUGUGCUUUAUGGAUUCCAGAGGUCAGCAUUGCUUGCCCUGAAAGGAUGGAACCAAUCACAAAAGUCUCUCACAUCCCACCUAGCCGAUGGUCUUUAGUCUGCAGUUUAUGCAAGUUAAAGACGGGAGCUUGUAUUCAGUGCUCUGUAAAAAGCUGUAUCACAGCAUUUCAUGUUACCUGUGCAUUUGAGCAUAGCCUAGAGAUGAAGACUAUCCUCGAUGAUGGGGAUGAAGUCAAAUUCAAGUCAUACUGCCUCAAGCAUAGCAAAAACAAACAGAGCUCUUUGACUGAUGCAAGUGAUCAUUCCCAAAGCACCGGUGAUCAGAACCAGAUUGAAAGUGAGAAAACCAGUCUGCGGGCCCAGAAAUUAAGAGAGCUAGAAGAGGAGUUCUACUCCCUGGUAAAAGUAGAGGAUGUUGCUGCAGAACUUGGCCUCCCAAAACUUGCUGUGGACUUCAUUUACAAUUACUGGAAAUUAAAACGAAAAAGUAAUUUUAAUAAGCCAUUAUUUCCUCCUAAGGAGGAUGAAGAGAAUGGCCUAGUGCAGCCAAAAGAAGAUAGCAUUCACACCCGCAUGAGAAUGUUUAUGCAUCUGAGACAGGAUCUGGAGAGGGUCAGAAACCUCUGCUACAUGGUCAGCAGGAGAGAGAAGCUGAAAUUGUCCCACAGCAAAGUUCAUGAACAGAUCUUCAAUUUUCAAGUCCAGCUUGCUAACCAGGAAAUUGCUACAGGACAUCCUCUGACAAGUGCACUAGAAAACACGUUGUUUUAUCCACCUCCAAGAAUAACCUUAAAGUUAAAAAUGCCUAAAUCAGCACUGGGAGACUCCAAAAACAACUCAGUGAAAGCCAAUAACAGACCUCUCUCACCUGAUGAAAAUAGCAACUCAGCCCCAAAUUACAACAAAAAAAGUAUGCAGAUGCCCCAGGAGACAUUUGAAAUGAGAAUGAAAUCCUAUUCCAGGUAUUCCCAUGACAGCAGGAGCAAUGGGCUGCUAGCCAGUCUCAGCCAUUCUAGGAAUGAAGCAAAAGAUUCUGGUCUAGCUCAGCCUUCUGAGUUCCAUCGUGGGCAGUCUCUUGGUAAGCCUUUGGCCCUUCAAGCUGCACUGCAGGGGCAGUCUUCCAUUGGAAAUGGGAAAAUACAACAGAACUCUAGGUUUGCAAAGUCCAAUGGCUUGAUGGGCAACAGCAGGUCAGGGGAUGUCACACAAAGAGACAAUUCUAGUCAGACUCCCUUUGAACAAGAGCCUGUGCUUUCCACUCACUUGUCUAGUCAGAGCAGCUUUAGAAAAUCUUCCAUUGAACAUUUCAGUAGGUCCUUUAAAGAGGCAACCAAUAGUUUGGUGAGGACCACAGAAGACCUCAGAUGCUGUGAAAAGUCAACUAGAAGACUUAACUCCAAGGAGCGUUUAUGGAGUAAGCAGACUCUUGAGUAUCAGACAGGAGGAGCACCGUAUCAGGAAAAUGACGGGUAUUGCCCCGAUUUGGAACUUAGUGACUCUGAAGCAGAAAGUGAUGAGAAUAAAGAACAAAUCAGGAUAAGAAGAAACAGCUCAGACAGGGAAAGUCCUUCCAAGGAUUUUGGAAGAGAUUGUCGCAGCAGAAAUAAAACAAGUAUGGUUUCCCACAGUUCAGUGCAAAGGUGAUUAGAAACUUAAAAGGGUAACUCAGCAUUUAUAUAAUCCCAGUGUAUUGGUGCAAACCUAGACACCAAAGGAUUCUAAAAUAUAAUGCCUAUGUUAGGAGGAAAUGCAAUUAAAAGGGUGAAAUAAUUGUUCAACAGUGAAUUGGCGGGCAGUUUUAAAAAGUCUUACAAACCCAUCUUCUGCAAGGGCAUAUAGGAGUCAACAGAUUUUUAAUUGUUUUUAGUUCUGUUAUAGGGAAUGUGUGUGUGUGUGUAUGUAUGUAUG